AAUGAUCUCAUAAGAGGUUCUGACAAGGAGUUUACAUUAAAAAUAAGCCAAAAUUCUCUUUAUAUAAAUGAAAAAAAAUACUCGAGAUGAGAAUGUUGCGUCACGAGCAUGCGCAGUUGUGGUUAUACCGCGCCUUUAAAAGUCAUCUGUCUAAAUUGCCAGCCUUUCAUUGAAAGAGUUGUAUGAUCGCGCUGAGCUCCAAAUACAUGUUGCAUGGGAUUGCUCCACGCUUGCAUUGCUUUCAAGCACAUCUACCCUGCUAUUGCUAAUAUUUUCAUUCAUGGAACAUCUCUUCAUGCUUAAAGCAUUAUUUUUGCUAUCGCUGUCUUUCUCUCGGCUGCAGGACGGAAUGGCCGCUGGAGACUUCCAAAUCCAGCUAGUAUCUUAUCAAAAUGUUGCUGGAGAACUACGAAGCGGCCAGUGUUGUGAUGGAAGUCGUACAAUAUUUGGUGGCCGCCGACGAUGCCACGACCCUUGCGAAACAUUCUUCAAAGUAUGCCUCAAACAGUACGAGCAGGCAGCCACUGCAAGCGGACCGUGUACGUUUGGACAAUUUACUACUGGAGUCUUAGGAGGGAAUUCGUUUGCAAUUCACAAUCAAACAAUGAAUGUAUUUUCUAUUCAUUUUAAGUUUUCUUGGUUGACUACUUACCAGCUGGUGAUCGAGGCGAGAGAUGCUGAUAAAGGAAAGAAAAGUCAAUUGAUUGACGUUGCAUCGUAUCGAGGAAUUCUACUGCCCAACAAAACCUGGGAAUCUCACAGCUAUAAUGGACCAACAGCAGCAAUAGAAUACAAGUUAAGGGUGGUUUGUGUACCAAACUACUAUGGCAAGACAUGUACUGACUGGUGUGAACCACGAAAUGAUAAAUUUGGCCAUUAUGAUUGUGAUGACAUUGGUCAUAAGAUAUGUCAUCCAGGCUGGAGAGGCCAACAUUGUAAUAUUGCCAUAUGUAGACAAGGUUGUGAUCCUAAUCAUGGCAAAUGCUUUAGACCAGGAGAAUGCAACUGUCAUUAUGGCUGGGAAGGACCAUUAUGUGAUCAGUGCCGUACCUACCCUGGCUGUCUCCAUGGUAACUGCUCUAAACCUUGGGAAUGUAACUGCAAGAACCGCUGGGGUGGUAUUUUCUGUGACCGGGACUUGGAUUACUGUCGUAAGCUACCAUGCCGCAAUGGCGGGACAUGCUUUAAUAACGGGCCAGACAGACAUAGAUGUGAAUGUCCACCCGGAUACACAGGCAGAAACUGUCAAUCAAAGAUCAACUUCUGUGCCUCUAGUCCUUGCCAUAACAAUGGGACAUGUCAAAACGACCUCAUUAGUUUUCAUUGUAAUUGUACUUCCAAAUGGGAGGGCAGAACGUGUCAGAUAAGCAAAGGAUGCCACAGUAAGCCAUGUCAAAACGGUGGGACAUGCAUUGCAGACGACUCUGGCUUCCAGUGCACGUGUCAGCCAGGCUGGGAAGGAAAGAAAUGUGAACAAAACAUCAAUGAAUGUGCUGCAAAACCGUGUGUUCAUGGACGAAAGUGCAUUGACCUUGUCAACGAUUACGCCUGUGAGUGUCGGACAGGAUGGAAGGGAAGAAACUGUGACAUAAAUAUCAACGAUUGUGCCGGCCAGUGUAAAAAUAACGGUACAUGUGAAGACAAGACUAACGAUUACUUGUGUCAUUGUCCGAAAGGCUUCUCUGGGCGACAUUGUGAAGUCAUGAAAAACUAUUGUCAUAGCAACCCCUGCCUGAAUGGCGGGGUAUGUAGGAGUGACGUAAAUGGAUACCGGUGCGUCUGUCCAAUAGGAUUCCGAGGAGUCAACUGCCAAUACAAAGUCAAUAUGUGUCAGCCCAACCCAUGCUCUCACGGACACUGCAAGGAAAUGGUAGGCGACUACAAGUGCAUUUGUAGCUCGGGUUUUACUGGUCGAAACUGCUCGAUCAUUUCAACAUCUUCAAGUGGCAACCCAUGUGAACCUAACCAAUGCAUUCACGGCGGUGUUUGCAAAAAGUUAUCGAGCAAUACCAGUGAAUGUGCAUGCACGAAAGGGUUCACUGGGAAACACUGUGAAACUAACAUCAAUGAAUGUCUUUSUUCGCCAUGUCUAAAUGGCGGUACGUGCUUGGAUAUGUCGAAUGGGUUUACGUGUGUGUGUCCAGUGGGAUACAAUGGUACUUUAUGUAACGUUGACAUUAAUGAAUGUUCGUCGUCACCUUGUCACCCUACGGCCGCGUGUAUCGAUAAGGUGAAUGGGUACGAGUGUAAGUGCGCUUCGGGAUUCACUGGUGUACAUUGCAAUAUUGACAUCGAUGAUUGUGGUCGCGAUAAUCCUUGCCGUAAUGGUGGUACAUGUCAAGAUAAAAUUAAUGGAUAUGUCUGUAAGUGCAGGGCUGAGUUUGAUGGUCCUCAGUGCGACGCUCCUAUCGACAAGUGCCUUAGCAACCCCUGUCUUAACAACGGCACAUGUAUCGGGGGAGUUGGUACAUCGCUUUGUUCUUGUCCCCUAGGAUUCACAGGAGACAGAUGUGAAACUAGACUAAAUGCAUGUGACUCUGCACCAUGCCUCAACUCGGCUGCAUGUAUUCCUGAUAUCAACACGUACCAGUGCGUCUGUCCGAUUGGUCUGUCUGGACGUAACUGUCAAACGCUUGUCAAUCAUUGUAAUAACUAUAAAUGUUAUAAUGGAGGGACAUGCGCCAAUGGACGAUACAAGGCAAGCUGUGUUUGUGCUGCGGGGUAUUCUGGGAAACAAUGUCAAGUGGAUAUUAAUGAGUGUUCAUCUAAUCCUUGUCAACAUGGAGGACGAUGUAGAGAUAGAGUCAAUGGCUUUCAAUGUCAGUGUCCUACAGGCAGCAGGGGUCAAUUUUGUGAACAAGUGAUCGAUUCGUGUAAGAUCACCGUGUACCAGAAUGAAACGUUCAGCCAUCUCGUAGACUCAAACGUGUGCGGAAAACACGGGACAUGUGUCAACAUCGAGGGAGGAGAUUUUAGGUGCAGGUGUAAGAAAGGAUUCAAUGGAAACCACUGCCAUAUUAAUGUCGACGAUUGUGUUAAUAAUCAGUGUCAAAAUGGUGCAACAUGUAUGGACGGCAUUGGCUCGUAUAAAUGUCUUUGUAAAAAUGGCUGGGAAGGAAAAUACUGCGAAACAAAUUCCGAUGAGUGUCAAAGUAACCCAUGCAAGAAUAACGGAACAUGUACAGACCUUAUCAACGAUUAUGAAUGUCAAUGUCCUCAGCCUUGGAAAGGCAAAACAUGCAACUCAAGGAUUUCUCACUGCGAAAGAAACCCGUGCAAAAACAAUGGCACUUGUCAGGAGAUGGAUGGAAGCAAUUUCCGAUGUUUUUGUCGCAAUGGUUUUAGCGGACGGACAUGUCAAUUAGAAGUUGGAAAGUGCCUGUCGAAGCCAUGUCAUAAUGGAGGGACUUGCGUCAACAAACAUGGAGGCGAUGUUUAUUGUUUGUGUAAAAACGGUUGGACUGGAUAUUACUGCCAGAAAAACGAAGACGACUGCGCCAAAAAUCCUUGCCGCAAUAAUGGUCAAUGUGUGGAUAAGGUUGGUUUCAGAGAGUGUGUAUGUGCGCCAGGAUUCACUGGUCCUGACUGUCUCAUCAAUAUUGAUGAAUGUGCAUCUUCACCGUGCAUGAACGAUGGCACGUGCAUCGAUGGCUUGGCCACCUUUCAGUGUUUGUGUCCACCAGGGAAGAUUGGUACCAGAUGUGAAGCCAAUGAAGACGAUCCAGACUUAUGCAUCGUAAAGAAUCAUGUCUACAAGAACAACGAAACUAGCCAGGAAGAAUGCAACAAGUGCACGUGUAUCAAGGGAACACAGGAAUGUACCAAGGUUGUAUGUGGACCUCGAAACUGCCUUAACAAACAACAGCAGCUAGCUGGCAAGAGAGUCUGUCAGGCGGGUGAUGUAUGUAAGGUUAUAAAAGGAAGCUGCCUUAAGCCGCCAUGCCGUGCUUAUGGACUAUGUACAGGGGUGACAAGUACAUCCAUUGGAGGCACGGUGAUAGGAGAUGAUGUCUGUUUACCCAACACAACUAGCCUCAAUGGUGACUGCGCAAAGAUUAAUAUCUUACUGAAUGUGAAGAAAAUCCCCAAGGGUACAAUCAUUGAAGAGUUUUGCAGCCAACUUCGCUAUCUGCCGCUGCUACAGAAAUAUGCUAUCAAAGCACAUAUCCGUCUACUUUGCGAAGGAAAGGUGCCGCCACAAAACAUCAUUCGACGAGAUACAGCUACAGUGGUCGUGUCAGUGGCAAGCACUAAAGAAUCUGGUGUCGCCGAAAAGGCCGCUGGUGAUAUCGUCAAGUUUAUUCUUUCUCACAAAGACAAUCGUAACACUAACGUGACGCUCUACAAGGUGUUUGUAGCUGUCAGAGAAGUUUCUGUAGAACGUUCCAUUACACUGUCACAUGUGAAAGGCAAAGAGAAAGAUGCGCCGAUGUACCUAAUCCCACUGAUCGCUUCGCUUGUAGUCCUUGCCGCCAUGCUACUCCUCAUACUUUGUAUUCGCGGUAAAUGGAGAGAUAGGAAGAAGCGAGAAGAGGCCAUCUUGGAAGGUCAUAUUCCUUUAAAGAAGAAACGAAAUACAACCAUGACAACCAAUGACGGGCGUAAGUACUUCAAUCAGACGUCACACGAAUCAACAUCAUCUCAGUCAUCAUCAUCAACUCAGUCGACCGAGUUGAGAACCUUUGAUUAUAACCGAGCCAGUUUACUUGAUACCGCGUCAACUUGCUCUACUCCCCCUGUACUCUCCCCACCCCUCUCCCCUAGGGAAGAAGGGGCCAAAGAUGAGUGGAGGAGAUUUCGAGUGCAUCGGAACAGCACUCAAAUAGAGAUAAUUGUAUAGUUUAUUGAUAGAUUAUAUAUUAGUAAUUUAUUAGUUUAUUGUAGAGUAUAAGAAAGAUUAUGACUUAUUAUAUUGGGAAGAAUCUAUAAGCAGACUACGUUCAAGUCUGCGGUUAACCGUGGACUGGGACCGAGGAAGGACAUGAUUGUUUUAAAGUAAUGCGUUUGGGUUUCCUGUGGUGUCAUUUUUUGUGAAAGCUAUAUGUUUGAAUGCUUAGCAAACAUCAAAGGCCUUAGAAUAAAAAUAACUUUCUAUUCACACAGUGAAAUCAGUCUCUAGCUGCGGUGGUGAUCGAAGUUCAUAAAAGUUUGAUUUGUUUUAUUAUUGUAAAUACGUCACACCACAGGAAGACCACUUGUUUUGUGCAUGUUAUUGAAAUUAAUUGUUUUUCUAAAGAAAAAUGUAAAUAUGUAAAUGUUAUUUAAUAUUUAAAUAUCGUGUAGUUCACGUUGGACCAACAUACGUACUUUAGGGUACAAACAUACUAUCUUUAUAUUAGUUAUCAUUAGGAAUUAAACCUUGACAUCAGCUUGUCUCCUACGCAGCCGAUCCUUUAGUCGGGCUUCAAAAGAACGGCUGCUAACGAGGCUCGAUAUCAGUCAAAUUGAGCGAGGACUUUACCAUGUAAUUAAAUCAGGUUUCGUUAUUUAACCAACUAUUCGCGACUUGUCGAUCAUUGACGGAGCUCAUUGACAUUGAUUCAGUCUAUAAUAGUCGUACUCGGUCAAAAGAUUUGUUUUGUGAGAAUCGUAUGAUCUAUGUCUAAAACUGACGUUUUUUUCUAAAUUUUGUAGGAAUCUAGUUUUGUAAAAAAAGCAAGAUAUUAAAAUCAUGAUUACAAGAAAUGUUGCGGGGUUUGUUUCGAGACGAGAAAAAGACGAAAAUAUCUACAAAAAAAAUGGAAAAAAUUUUCUAUAUCAAGUUUUUAGUCGCAAUGAUGCACUUUUCGUAUGUUGAAAUCUAAAAAGAACCCAGUUCUAGAGUAUUUUUGUAUUUAACCCCAACGUGAUAUCGAUUUACACUGCACAACUUUGCGCUUCAAAGCCCAUUGAACACUUGCAUCAAGAGACAGUUGUACGACGCGAUUGUGUAGUAUAAGUCGCUGUUCAGUUUUAGGCUGUUUUUGCCUUUGUUGCCAAGUAUAAUUUUCGUCGCUCAAGCAAUCUCAGCUGAAUGCCAUUAGGAGAUGAAUUUUUCAGACAGCAAAAAACCUUGCAUUGCGAACUCGACGUUUUGAAGUAUGAUGCCGCUUGUGGUUGGCAAAGUUCAUUUGGGCAAUUUGAAUACAAAAUUCCAUCAUUACAAGAGAUCUGUAAAUAAAUUGUCUGAGUUAAAGUGCCACAGGAAAAAAAAUCCGGCAGGAAAAUUUCAAAACUUGUGAGGUUGCGAUUCAAGGGUUUUCGGUGUGUUGAUAUACGCAUAUAUGUGUUUGCAAUAAAGCCGUGAAAUAUACUGUUUUACUAUCCACCAAAAUACAGGGCAAAUCAUCAGAACAUAAGAAAAACAAGUUAAAUGGUCACAGUUCAACCGUGCAACUGUACAAACUAAAUAGUGCUAUUUGGUACAUCGUGCCUGCGGUGACUUAGUGAUGAAUGUCAAAAAAUAUGACUGACUGGGUUGCAUUUCAACAAUAAUGGUUAGUAUAAUAAAGACACAGUACGCAUUUCCAGUGAACUAAAAUAAAGACACUGAACGCAUUUCUAGUGAAUCAGAAUGCAAAUUAAAUUGAUUGAUACAACAUAUUUCACGUCCACUUAUAGUACAAAUUAGUACUACUGAGAUUUUGUACAAUUGCACGGUUUAAGUGCGAUCCGUCUCGUUCGACUAUUUUCACGGCUUUUUUCAAUAUGCCCUAGUGCGAAUAGAUCAUAGAGAAUGUUGGAAGGCUUAUUGAUGUAAUAGCUUAUGACGUUGUUUAGUGUAUAGUGCGCAGCCUCAGUGUAGAGCUGUAGUACAGCAAAUAUGUUAGAUUUGUAGGUGGCCUUAAAGGCUGAAUAUAAGAUACUUAUAGCAGUAUAUGUAUUAUAUAUCAGUCAAUAGGGAUCUUAAAUGAGGACCAAUCAUUACCGAUCGUCCUCCUUAUAGGGUCUUUAUAUAGCGGCAUUUAUAUCAUGAAUACAUUCUAUACGCACUAUUAAUAGCUCAUUCACCCUCUAUAGAAAGAAAUCAUUAAAACAGCAAACAAUU